CAUUGGUGGGUGGUACUGGUUAGUGUGCAUGCAGCUGGUUUCCAUUAUAUAUGUCUGGAGGCGCGUUCGUAGCACUGGAAAAGGAAAAAGAAAGGACAGCAAAUAUAAUAUAAAUGGAGAAUGUCACGCGCAAACCAAUUAUUUUACUUGAAUUGCCAAUCAAGUAUCCUCCACUUCCACAUCAUCCUCAAGAUCAGAUCGCUAAUUAGAAGUUGGGUCGGCUAGCUGUUCUUGGUGCUCCAUCUCCAUGGACCAUGCAAUGCUCCCUCCCUCUGCAAUAUUGGUUUCACUUUCACUUUUUGUGAAGGCAAUUUCUUAAUAUGCCACACGAAAUAGGAGAGUGAUAAAAAAGUUAUGUUUUGGGGAGGGGAGUGCUUUGACACCUCUUGUUGUUUUUGUUGUUUAUGGUUGUGGGAUUGGCUAUUUUUCAUUAAUUUGUAUGUAUUUCUCUCUGUUUUCCCUCCUAAUUUGGGAACUCAACCAAAGCUGACACCUAGCUAUCUAGUUCAACCGCACGACUCCAAAUAUUCUGCGCUUGCUUCUGAUAGAAAGAUUCUUAAAAGUGUAUUAUAUAACUGUUUACUAUAAUUAAGUUGAUUAUCUAUCUCAUGGGGAAGCUGUAUAUAAAUUAAUUAAUUUGCUCUGCGAAGCAAACUCCCCGAUUUGCUAAGGCAUAUAUAUAUAUAUGAUCCAAAUGUGAUUCAUGCAGAUUGUAUAGCAAACAUGAAAUCUAACUAGCAUCUGCAAAUCAAUUACAUCUGAAAUAAAAGACACAAAGGGUUCAUCACAUACAGUGUAGGGAACAAAAUCAAUAAUCGGUAGCCUAGGAAACAUGGCACUGCGGCAAUGACUGAGCUCAAUUCUCAGACAUAAAUAGUAGUUCAUGUUAUCCACCAUCAACGUGUGAAGUGCGGCUAUAUAUAUAUAUAAUUAUAGCAUAGUAGUGUGUUUCAAGUUUUAAUUGGUUACGUACUGGUUGAUGGUCAUGGAUGUAUAUGUUGUCAUUCUUUACAUCAAAUGAUGAACAAAAGCGAAAAAUGCUCAACAAACUGAUAUUCAAACGUAUUCAAUGUAGAAAAAGAAAGAAGGUGCGCAAUUCUGUUUCUAACUUUUCCUUUCUUUCUUUUUUUAUAGUCUAUCUUGAAACAAGAAAGAUACAUCUCCAUUUAUAAACAAGCUCUUCUAUAUUAUUGCAUUCUUUUCAUAAAUUGUUGUAAGAUUAAAGAUCGAUGGAGUUGAAGAUUAUUGCUGUCAUGUUGGGAUUACUGCAAAUUAUAACGAGCAUUCAUAAUAAUAAUAAUAUUCACUGCUGUGGGAGUGGUGGAGUAGUGAUGGGAUCACAAAUUCCAGCCAUGUUUGUGUUUGGAGACUCCUUACUAGAUGAUGGUAAUAACAACUAUCUAAUUAAUGCUUUAGCAAAAUCUGACUAUUUCCCUUAUGGAAUCGACUAUGGUGGCCCAACUGGCAGAUUUUCCAAUGGAAAAAUCAUCAUCGACUUUCUAGGUGAUCUGAUAGGGCUACCUCCUCUUCCACCCUUUGCAGCAACAGCAACAGGAAUUACAAGCAUUCUUAAUGGAGUCAAUUAUGCUUCAGCUGCUGCAGGGAUUCUUGAUGACACUGGAAAAAAUCUAGGAGAUCGAUAUACCUUAAGGCAGCAAGUGCAAAAUUUUAAAACUAGUGUAACCCAAUUAAAGGCUCAAAUGGAUGACAAUAAACUGAGCGAGUAUUUGGGAAAGUCCUUGGCUCUCAUCAACAUAGGAAGCAAUGACUACCUCAAUAAUUAUCUCAUGCCUUCUCUCUACUCUACCAGUUUCACUUACAACCCUCGAGAUUAUGCUCACCUUCUCAUUGCAAGCUACACAGAUCAAAUAUUGGUGCUGCAUAGUUUAGGAGUAAAGAAGUUCUUUUUGACAGCAGUGGGUCCACUAGGAUGCAUCCCAAAUCAAUUAGCCACAGGUCUAGCUCCUCCAGGGAACUGUAUAUCCUUUGUUAAUGAUUGGGUUGAAAUUUUCAAUAUGCAGCUCAAGUCUCUCGUGGAUCAACUGAAUCACAACCAUUCCGACUCCAUUUUUGUUUAUGGCAACACUUAUGCAGCGUUCAAUGAUGUACUCGACAACCCUUCUUCUUACGGAUUUGAAGUGACUGAUAGAGGGUGCUGUGGUAUUGGAAGGAAUGAAGGUCUAAUAACUUGCCUUCCCUUUGCAAUCCCAUGCUUUAACAGAGAUAAAUACGUCUUCUGGGAUGCUUAUCACCCAACCCAAGCUUUCAACCGAAUCAUGGCCCAGAGAGCUUAUUCAGGGCCCCCAUCCGAUUGUUAUCCCAUUAACAUUAAACAAAUGGCUCUAAUUUAGCCUCUCUUUUUCCCCUUAAUUUCUUGAACAUCUUACAAUUUGCAUAUAUAUAUAUAUUAUUAUUAGGGUAUCCAUUUUCAGUAGCAAAUAAAGGAUUGAAACAUAUAAUUAGUAA